AUGUUAUUACUUGAUUUAUUAGAAAAAUACAGUGGAUAUAAGCACAAAAGGCGAACGAGCCAAUCAGAGAGCUCCUUCUCACAAGACCCAUUCUUCCAGACGAUUGCCUUGUUUCGCUUCAUUUUAAUCGCGAAAUUGGUAAGAUUAGUGGCUUGUGAAGGCGAUCAUGCGAUGAGAGCUGUUGUUAGUUGUUAUAAGUACCAUCUUGACCUCAAGCGCGACACAAGUAUACUAGAAGUGUUUGUCCGAGUAUCUACAAUCAAAGCUACUUGAAAAGUGCUAACAAGUCGGCGGGCGGAGAAGUGGACCCGCUUGUUCGACGUGUUCAGGUACAAUCUUCAAGCGCCCUCCUUAGAUUGACAGAUACAAGCCAUUAAGCAAUCACACGAGUCUGUACAUCUCAGAGCUUUUCACCGAGACGUUUUUUUUGGAGACGCGUUUGGACAAGCGGCAAACAAAAAAACGAUGAUUGCACGCGUCUGCCUUCUGUCUUUUGUCUCCUUAAUCGUUCUCGCUGCGAUCGACGGGCAAAGAAGAACGAGGUGGGUAUGAGUAUUGUUUGUCGUUUGUUUCAAUGUGUGAAACUUUCACCAUGAAGCGAGAAGUGGUCGUUGAAAAUUGAUGCUUCGAUGGCGCGUGUCGUCCAAGAGCUUGCAUAUAUGCGCUUUCAGUCGACCUGCGCGUGCAACGAACAUAAUUCACUACACACAGUCUAAACAUUCGGCACCUGGAGUUAAAAGUUGUAUCUUUAUCUCUGCAGGCAAACAAACGAGGACGCCAAUAGGUUUUGCUCGUGGCUCAAGGGUAACAAACUGAGAAACUGUCUAUCUCACCCGUUGUUAGGGCUGAGCGCUCGGGAAGGUGUCGAGGAAGCCCUAAAGGAGUGUAGAAGUCAUUUUACUGAUCGUCGAUGGAAUUGCUCGGGGCUCACCAUCGCUGAUGUUUUUCAAAACGAAAGAAUGCUCAAGGCUGGUGAGUAGCGAAUUCACCUACACAUGAUGUAAGGUUAAUUUCCUUUUCUUCAUUCAACACACAUCUCGAGACAAACCCUCCCUCCCUCCUUCGUUUUCCGCUCUGCGACCUACCGCUGUUGUAUAAGGUUAUCAUGAAUUUUGUGAGCUCAGAUUUUCCUUUUACCCUUAAUUUAAGCCUAUGACAGAAAUUAUUCACGCGGCUUUCCUUCAAGGAGGCUUUGAAAGUUAUUUGCUUCGGGUAGUAUGUGAUUCUAUCGCAGCGGCACCAACUGGAAGGCACAUGUGUUUUUCCCUUUACGCGGAGAACAAUGUAAGGAAAUAUUUUGUUUCAGAAAUCCGCUUUAAUUCCCCUUCAUAGAAUUGUAACUGGCCGUGUCUUUCAUGUCAAAUUCUAGUCUGGAAUAGCUAUAACAGAAACUAAAGUUACGUUGCGUGGCAUUGCCAUCUUACCCUCAGGCGCUCAACUGGGACUCGCGUUCCUUGACGCAGAUCUCUCAGUGUGAACAUUUUUGAACCGUAGGUAGCCCUUUGAGCAGUUUUAUCGGCUUUAUUCAGUUUUCAGAAAGCCCAGCACGCGCUUCGAGACCUCUGAGUUGCAAGUUAACCUUUCAACAACAAAUUUUGUGCCGGCGACUUGUUGACGCAGAUCUUUUGCUUACUGCUGAAAGAUCGUGUCUCAGGGUUUUUUUUUUAGCCUUCGGUGCUCACCCUUGCCUAGUCACAACGUUGUUACAAGCUUAAAACGAGUCUAACGGACUUAGAAAUGUCUCGAAAAUUUGCAUCAUGCCAAAGGUUUAUCCGAUAGUCAAACACGUCUAUUUUUGACACUAGCUUUCGUUUCAACCCGUUGUCUUGGGUAUAGUUUUCGCGCAAUUUCGCGCAGAAAAUUGCUUCUUCAAAACGCAUACCUAGGAUAGAUUUGGCUCUCUUUGUUGUCAGCAUAAACGAAGUUCAUUCCUGGAUUUGGCGGUCUUUGCUAGAUAAAUAUGACUUAAGACAUGACCACUGUUUUCUUUGAAAGUUACACCAAGGUUUUUACAAGGCCACCACGAGAAAACGCGUUUUUGAUGACUUCCUAUAUGAUAAACGGCUGUUGGAAUUGUAAGCGCUGAGUAAGUCUCGUAUAGAAGACUCGUGCGCCAUCGUUUCCCUGUUAACCACCUUAUCUUGGCUGGCACAGACGUUGAAAUAUGUAUUUGAAUGUGUACACAGUGUAGAUAACUUAAUGCUACUCGUGGUUUGCUGUGACAAGAAGUGUCAGUAUGUUUGCAGCGUUCGUUGUAUCGCUAAUCCUUGGGAUCGUUUCAAGCUCCCUAUCAUAAUGGCUUUCUUUCAUUAGAGUAAUCGAAUAUCAGCGUAACUCUAGCUUUUUAAUUUUCCGGUCCUUUCAACAAUUAGCAAUGAAAAAGGCGAAGAAAUUUUCAAAACAAACAUAUUAGAAGUGAAAAACACAAUAGUCGAAGCACACUCUCUUUCACUUGCACCCAUUCGUGGACGCGCCUUCGCGACAUUCGCGCGAGUGGAAGAAAAUUAAUUUCCGUUUUACUAUAAUCGGUCAUUAUGAGAGGUCCUUGAGUCGUGUUUAAAGCGAAUACCCACACGAACGUAGGCAUUCUUUUCGUAGGAAAGGAUUAGAUAGCGGAAUGACCCAAAAAGUUAGUCAUCAUGUGCGUCACUUUGUUCCUCGUUUCCUGUGCAGUGUGGAAUUCACCACAACAAAAACUUAAUUGACACCAUACAAAUUAGUCUGACUGGCUUUUGCCUUUGUAAACAUCCUAACACGAAAUUCGUUUCCUUUUGAGCUUUUCAUGAAGAAAUUAGGAGCCAGCAUGUCUAUUGUUUUCAUCAGAUUGGAGCGUUGUUAUCGUGAAUCGCAGCAAGAUUUUGGACAUGAUGUUUCGCUCCGUCAAUACAACUAGAACACUUAAUCUUUUGCCACCCCAAAAAUGAUCGAUCAACCUUUUUACCUCUUGGGUCAACACACUUCUGACAGCCUUUUCUAAAAGGAGCACCAUAAUCCUGAAAGAGAUUUAUUCCCGCAAACUUAUCAUUAAUCUAUUGACAAAUAAUUGCUUUCCUUUCGCUAUUAUAGUCUUUAUAACCCUCCAGGCAAUUAGCUCGGCUCUUUUCAUUGUCUUUGUCCCUGUAUGAAAUUGUCGUUCUCGAAAAUUACCCAACGAGAAAAUGGGAAAUAAAAAACAAGACAAAACUACAGGCGGCAAUUAUAAAGAAAGAGCGUAAUUGAAGGUCGUUAAAGCUAUCACAACUUCAAACAACGUUUUGUAAUUUUCCUUUAAACAUUUACCCAACGAGAAAAUGGGAAAUAAAAAACAAGACAAAACUACAGGCGGCAAUUAUAAAGAAAGAGCGUAAUUGAAGGUCGUUAAAGCUAUCACAACUUCAAACAACGUUUUGUAAUUUUCCUUUAAACAAUGCUUUGUCAGAACGGGACAUUUGGCGUUUGCCUUUCGUUGUUUUGGAAGUAUAAGAUUUGAAUUCUUUAGUCUUCCUGCAAUAAAAGCCUUGACGUGAUCUCUACCAAAACAACCUGAGGGAAGCAUUUUUGUACUUAUCUAAACAUUUUAAAUCUUUAAGGUGCUGAUUGCACCGUGUGUUUGUUCAAAAAUCGGAAAAUGGUUAUUUUGUUUGUUCAAUGUACUUGGUACUGAGGUAAACCACUGGAUGGGAAGUAUACAGUUAUUCCAUCUAUCAGUUUUCGUGCCUACAUGUGUUCUUUUCCAUAGAGAAAUUCGUUCCCUAUAGAAGUAAACAUCUUUCUCCUCUCCCUUCAAAAUCAAUGCAAUUUCAAGCAAAUAUCAAGAGCGAAAACAAUUCAGUUAAUGGUCAGAUGUCACUCUAGUCAGAGAGAAAUUUCUCAAAACUUAAAUGUGAAAAUAAAUAUGCCAUUCAAUAAAGAAAGUCCAUUACAUGCGCGGUUUAUGUUUCAAACCACCUAUUGGUCGCUUGCCUCUUUAUGGUAAAUCAAGACGUCAUUUUCAGAUUAGAUCCUACUGUGUAUAAGGGUAGUGAUAAUACGAUACAUUUAGAUACAAAUGCAAUGGAAUCAAAGGAAAUAGCAAAUGACGUUCCUUGGGCUUAACAACAGCCACGAAAAAAAAGUAAACGAGCUCAUCAUCACGUUGGGGCGUUUAACCUUUCGCUUCCUUGAUGAACGUAAAGUCAUGAAAUCUUUCAUUGACCUUCGACUCUGUAGAGUGAGGAGAUCCAACGGAGAAUGCUUGUUUUUGUAGUUUUACAUGGUGCUGUUAGGCUAGCCAUACAGAUGGUUCUAACAUUUAGGUGUGUGGUUAAAACCCUACUUUGUGAUCCCUUGAACGAAAGCUCAUGAAGGGUACUUUCCCUUGGUUGUUUAUCUUUGACUUUCUGCUGGAUAGUUUUAAUGGUUUUUAGACUGUGGAUUGAAUUUUCGGAGCGUGCAUGCAAGUGAAAACUUUAUCAGCAAUACCUUCAUGUGGAACAGACAGUAGUUGGAACCGUUGAGUCUGUAGAGUCACUCACUCACACGCGCCUCCUCUUCAUGUCCAUCGAGUCAUAAGGCCUCUGCUAGUGUCCUGUUUUUCUUUGCCAAAGAUUUAAGCAGCACAUGGCUUUUUACAAAACAGGGCUGUUAUAACCCUGCUCUACCUAAUCUGGCCCUAUCCAGUGGACCACCCCGGCCGCCGCCCUUGUUGAAUGUACCAGGAAUGUAACGAGCUCCCGCCGAUGAAGUUCGAGGGUAUAAAGAUACGCCAGGCUUCCAGCCACUUCAAGGCACAGUAGCAAUGAGAGAGUCUAUAGGGUGCAACUAUUCAAAUGAAAACCACUAUGAAACUUAUCAUUAGCUAUAUUUCCUUGUGUCCUUUGGCUUAUUAACAGCUGUAUUAAGCUGCACAAGGAGGUUCUCACUGUUGAAUCUGUGGAUAAAGUCCUAAAGUGUGAUCGUUCCAAACAUGAAACCUACUGAAUUGUUCUCUCCUGUUGUGCUAUUUAUCAUGUUCUUUAACAAUUGUGAAGUUACGGAUAGUAUGCUAAAAUGACUUGUGAUUCUUCACUAUUUCACGAAAUUGAGCACGAACAAAUUUAAAGUUAAUAUACCUGUUGUUUUUUCUUCAUUACUGAUGCAUGGCUUCAAGACCCAAGAUAACCACUAGAAUUCAUAAGAUUUUGCCCUCCAGCUAUGCGGGCUCCCCUUUGUACGUUAUCUGUCCUCCAUUCUUUAACAAAAUUAAUUUUUUUUAUUUUACUGAGCAGAGGAUUAAGAUUGUUGCAUCAUAGCUAAAUUUGUCUGUUGUAUCUUUUAUGAUUUCCGGUCUGGUAUUCAACGUACUUUGACGUCAGUGCUUACGUUAUUUUAAUUCAUUAACGACGAUUAUGUCUCACAGUAACAGGUUAAUUUCUAGCCAUUUUCUAAAGUUGUGAUUAAGUUCGUUCCUGAUCAAAUGUGACAUGUUUUAGCACUUGAAAGCCGAGGAUUGUAAACUGAUAUAAAGACCAUUAAUUCUGGCUUAAUUUGUUCAUUGUUCGCCUGUUUUUUGCACGCGUGAGUACGAAACAAAGAGGCCCGCGUUUUACUCUUGCGACUUGUAGACGCCGCCCAUUUUUUUCUCUUUAAAGAAGACAAAUAUAAGCAGAUGCAAAGACCUUUACGUAGCCACAAAAAUAUUUUCUAACUACGACAUCAAACGAUGUAAAUAGCCUUAUUGGAAAGGGCCUGACAAUUAAGAACCAUAUUUAUUUUUAUUUUAAUGAUAAAGUUACUCCGCAGCAAAGAACCGCUCAGCACCUUCAAUCAGUAAGGAUUUGAUUUACCACUAAAGUGGAAACACAUUUUCCAACAUAAGGGCAGUGCGACAGGAAAGUACGGCUCCCAAGUAGCUUUUAUGUUUUCCAUUUCCAAACUUGAACCUCCUUCUACAACAUAAUUAACAAAACCACAGAAAAAUACCACCACACAGCCACUUCCAUUUGAAUGAUCACUGAAAAUUUAAGGCUUAGUUGAUCACCUCGCCUAUGAGUAUGUUUACGUCACACUUAAGAUGCCACUCGAACACCGCAGCGAUGGAACAUCGACAUUACAAAGACUUUAUCGCACAUCACGAAAUUAGAACCUCACUUUUUAAUAACAAAACGUUUUUAAGAAUGCGGAACAUCCUGUGCUGGUUUAUAGAGGUGUAUCAUUGACGUUUUUCCUUUAUUGUGAAGAUAAUGAAAUUCUGGAAGAGGAAAGGUGCCAGAAUUUUCACUAUUUACGGUCUAGACAUGUAGGAAUAAAAAAAGCAUCAUUGGCUUAACAUAGUGUUCCAAGAUAAUUGAUUGUUUUUUAAACUUUUCUAGGUGUGUGGAAUCAGAAAGUAAAAUUUAAGAGUUUACCACAAUCAUUUUCCGACUGGCCUUCAUAGAAAUAUAAUAAGAAUGUUGGUCUUCGGGCAAAAUUUUUUUGAUCAUUUAUUUUGAAACGAGUAGUGCAAAAAAUUCUGAAGAGGUUACAUCUGAAAAAUAUGUUGUGGCUUAAAAGCGAAGUUUUCUUAGCUCAUUGUCUGAAAGGGCAAAAAUCUGCGGACUAUUUUCAUUCCUUAGUGAAAGGGGGUGAAUUCAACCCAGAAUCGGAAAAUGACCCAAACAUCCUCAACUUAUUCCUUCAUUUCAUGUGAAGGUAAAUGCUCUAGUGGAAAUGCAUAAUUGUCAUCAGCUCGUGCUACAUCCUGAUAUUCGUUCAGUUGGCAAAGCUGUCUAAAAUUAGUCAAUGGAGUGAAUGAACGUUUUCCAUUGGAUAGCACUUUCCACGUUUUGAGCAAGCCGAAUAUUUAUUGAGAUUGUUGCACUUUUUUUUUUCGGAGGUAAAAAAUUUCUUAAAGAAAUUACGCUCAUUAUUUUUCUUAGACAAGGUCAGGCGAAAUCGCCAGAACUGUCUCUCGCCUAAUUGUAAAGACGCCUGUAUUACCUGUAAUGUUACAGUGAAUGGCGUUCACAUAAAAAAAGAUGUGAACGUGAUUAAUUUAAGCAGACAAGACGGAGACAAACAAUAGCAUCAUGAGCAUGAUAACAGAUUGUUUUCAUUAAGUUGAAAUUGAUUGCAUCUUAUCUUCUGUGUCGUUUACGAUGUUAAUCCUGCUUGUAAGGGACGAGAGAAGACGUGAAAGAAAAAGAGUUGAAAUUUGCGUUCCUUAAAUAGGUUACCACGCAAAAGGCGUACGAGGUAUUUAAAAAUGGCCAUCGCAUCAACCUGAUAGGCUGCUAGACGUGUUCCUCCCCAUUCUGAAAUUAUGAAGUGCUCAAAGAAGGGGUCAAUAUUUCACGAUUCUGAUCAUAGUCUCGAGGUAGUGUGUCACUAUGCCAUGCUAUGCCGCUCUGAUUACCAAUUUCCCGCCAUUUGGCUUGAUCUUUGCGCGCUCAAGCUGCCACGUUCCCGCCAUUACUUUGAGGCAACAAGUUGCGUUGAUUUUCAAACCAUUUUGUCCCACUGGUGGCUAGAUAGAAGCGAGGUGAAAGACCGAAAAAAAACCCGAAGCCAUUUCCAGCGAACGGAGCGUAUAUGUUGUACAGAAGUUCAAUUUUAUCCUUGGUUUAAAUUUCAUUUUCCCUUGUGCUUGGGUAUGGUAAUGUAUGAUAAUGAGGUUAAAACGGAGGAAAAUAAAAUUUAAACCAAGGAUAAAAUUGAGUCACAGCAUAUACAUAUACUGUAAAUUUGCCUCUUCUUUCUCUCCUUCAGAUAACAGGGAGAGCUCAUACCUACAAGCCGUUUCUUCAGCUGGGGUGGCUCAUCAAAUAACAAGGGACUGUAGUAAAGGAACCAGAGACGAGUGCGGCUGCGACAAUCGCCCCCAGGGAAGGGGGACAGCCCCGGGAGAAUUAAGCUGGGAGUGGGGAGGCUGCUCUGAUGACUUCCGUUAUGGCAUUCAGUUCUCCAAAAAUUUCAUGGACCCGAGCAGGAGUUCGGAGAAAAGUUUAUCAUAUUACGUGAGACGCCAUAAUAACGAUGCCGGAAGGAGGGUACGUUUUGUAAUAUGCUUUUUUUAGUUUGAAUCUAAAGGGGCUCUGAGGACACGAGGACAUUGCUGUUUUAGGUUAAUUAUGUUCUAAAGUCGUUCCUCAUUGCCUUUACACAUACGUUAACUACUACUGAAGACUAGUGAAGGAGAUAUUAAACAGAUUUCAUCGGAGAGUACUAACUAUAAUACUUUAUUUGGUGAUUUUUGCAACGCAUUAAAAAUUGAAAAGAUUGGCCCAAAUUUCCAUCCAUGUCCAUCCUUGCCAUCUAUUGCAACAGACGAUAGGAAACAGUGUCAAUGCUUAACAAUAUUGUAGCCUUGAAUAACAAAACCGGACCGUUAUUUUUGGAAUUAAAUUGGUGCAAAGACACGUUUUAGCUUUUUGAAAAGAUAGAAAAGCAGCGUGAAAUAGCCCCUUUUAGCUCCGUUGCAGCUGUGUGAGUCAUCUCGGAAAUUCUGCUCAAUCGGAGCAUGUGUUCUCCCGUUCAGCAACCUUUACCUGCAUGCGUUAAGCUCCUGCCCCCGAAUGAAAACAGCGUGUACGUUUCGGUUUCUACACGUGCUCGGAAUUUCAGGUGACCAACGCACAUAGGAAAGGUGUUCUUCACUCAGGUUCUCUCAAAUAUAUAACGUCAAAUUGUUUUUCUUAGUAGACAAGACUAAAUGCAAAGUUUGUACUUAAAGGAUUUACCACCAUUGAAUCUGGAUAUUCAGAGAGUUUUAGUUUUCGUCUAGGCUUCGAACAACUGAACACUUUCACUCAGGAAAUAGCAAAAUUCCAGUCUUGAAUACUUUUUAGUGUCAGCCAAAGCUGCCAAUAUUUAAAGCUGAUACGAAUUUUAUCACAUACGGUAGCAUGUCAUGAGGAUGUUUUAAAAUUUUAUUGCUGAGCAUUUCCCCUCCGGCGGCAAAGAUAAACGCACACGAAAUCGGCCCGUUUGACCCUUGCGGUAACAGACGGUACCCACUAAUGUUAACUGCUUCCCGCUCUCACUAAUUCCUUAGUUUUAGAACUCACGGACAGUUAUGAAUCUGGGUUUAACUAGUAAAGCUGUUAAGAGGCUAAUAUUUUGGUUGAUCAGACCCAUGGAUUUCAAGUCCCUGGAUCCGAAAUUCAAAGAUACAUUAUGACCGUGACGGUUCUUGUAGGUCAAGAUUUUGAGACUGCGAUAUCUCGACGGAGAACUUAUUUCUCAGAAUGAAGUAUUAUUUUUUUCGACUUUAAGCGCAUUUACAGGUAAAAACAUUACCUACCAAGAUUCUAAUACUCUAACGAUAUAAUCCGCAAAAGGCAUAACCCAUCAGAGCAGACUGGAUAUAUCAUGUGAUAUAUCGGAGAUAUGGAAAAUUUGGGGCGAAAAUCAGUGUUGAGUGGAUUAGUUCUAUCAAACACUCCCCUUGCCUUUUGUAUAUGAACCAUUUCCUCCCGGAAGUGGCCAAAGUCAAAAUCUGCAAAUUUCAUUUUGUGGAAAGCUGAAAAACAAAUAGAAUCAUAUGAAACUACUGCCAAAGAGGUCUCAUUUGAAUGGUAACACCGUAGUAUUUCGUCCACCGACUCAAAAGUUAGAACUACAGACUAAAUAAAUAGUACCAUGUGAAAGUACGGCUGAAAAGGUCUCAUUUGAAUGGUAACACCGUAGUAUUUCGUCCACCGACUCAAAAGUUAGAACUACAGACGAAAUAAAUAGUACCAUGUGAAAGUACUGCUGAAGAGGUCUGAAUGGUAACACCAUAGUAUUUCGUCCAUAGACUUAAAAGUUAGAACUAAAAACUAAAUGAAUAGUCCCAUGUGAAAGUACUGCUGAAAAGGUCUCAUUUCAAUGGUCACAACGAAGGAUUUUCGUCUUCAAACUCCAAUGUUAGAACCACCUUACAAGACACCAUCAUUUACAUGAGUCAAGAGUUAACCAUUCCUAAAUAUGGGGUAAGGAGUGUUGCAGUUUAGAAAAGGUAGGGAAAUCACCACAAGAGUAUACAAUGCUCAGAGCGGCAAACUGUGAUUAGCAGGCAAAUAUUUUCUACCGGCUUAUUGUGACACAUCUGUGACCUCUUGGGUAUGUGCGAGGGAAUCACCACAGGCGUUAAAAUCCGGAUUUUAAGGCAUUUGAGGUUACUCCUCAAGUGUUAAGUGCUUUAAAACGUGUUUCUUGCUCUCGAUUCCUGGGCGUUUUCUUUAAACAGGACGUGGAUUUGUCUAUGUGGCCACGACUUCUAGUUCUAUUUGCUACGCAAAGUAUUUCCGUGUUUUCUCGUCUAGUGUUAAGUUAUUGCCGCUUUUGCUCAGUAAAAGCCUGAGUCGACUCGUGACCACUCGCGAAUGUGGCUGAGGUUCCGAUCUACCACGAAGUCUAUAGCGAAAAAUAGAAACAAUACCUUUGUACUUGCCGAAAGUGUCCAGUUUGUGGUUUGUCGCUUUUUACUGCUGUUGAUAUUGAGUUGACGUCUUGCAUGCCUCUGGCAUCAUUAUCCUUCACGAACUGCUUCGCUUUUUGUUUUUCAUGGCUAGAAAUUUUGGCCUAUCAUCUUGAAGCCCGAUGCUGAUCGAAUAGUGGACAGAUUUCACGAGAAAAUCUUCCCCAAUCUAUUCAUUAAGUUUCACGAACGUGCUCGCUAAAUCCACAUUUGUCAUUUACUUCCUCUGCCUAAUUCAUUCCCUUUUUUAGGGCAUAGUCUAAAACCUGGAUUGGACUCAGGACUGUGUAUUUGUAUUUUAAACCAAACUUGAAUUGGUUUUGAGUACGAGAAAUGCUUUGAUUUCCUGACAAAUAAGCUUCCACAAAACCUCUUUAAACAAAAUUAGUUUUUGGCAUACAAAUUGUUUGCUUAGCCUUCUGGACAUUUAAUCGCAUUCUGUCCCAUAAAGCCUUCCUUUAUAAAUCUUUUAAUUAAAACCGUACCAUGUCUGUCAAUUAAUCUCAAAUAAUCUUCUUACAGCUAUAAUAGAAAAAAGAUGACAAACCAUCUUGGGUAAUUCGGCUUGAUAUAAAAAGCCUGAAAAAGUCCAUCAUGAUGAAACUGCGAUGACUAGGCUUGACAAAAUAACGUNUCAUCUUGAAGCCCGAUGCUGAUCGAAUACUGGACAGAUUUCACGAGAAAAUCUUCCCCAAUCUAUUCAUUAAGUUUCGCGAACGUGCUCGCUAAAUCCACAUUUGUCAUUUACUUCCUCUGCCUAAUUCAUUCCCUUUUUUAGGGCAUAGUCUAAAAGCUGGAUUGGACUCAGGACUGUGUAUUUGUAUUUUAAACCAAACUUGAAUUGGUUUUGAGUACGAGAAAUGCUUUGAUUUCCUGACAAAUAAGCUUCCACAAAACCUCUUUAAACAAAAUUAGUUUUUGGCAUACAAAUUGUUUGCUUAGCCUUCUGGACAUUUAAUCGCAUUCUGUCCCAUAACGCCUUCCUUUAUAAAUCUUUUAAUUAAAACCGUACCAUGUCUGUCAAUUAAUCUCAAAUAAUCUUCUUACAGCUAUAAUAGAAAAAAGAUGACAAACCAUCUUGGGUAAUUCGGCUUGAUAUAAAAAGCCUGAAAAAGUCCAUCAUGAUGAAACUGCGAUGACUAGGCUUGACAAAAUAACGUUUUGUGGUUCAUUUUUGUUCGCGGGUCAGUUUAUAUUUUUUUUCCCUUUUUUUGUGUAGGGUCCCCAAUGGGAUUUUUCAAUCUCGUUAUCCUAACUUAAAAUGUCGCAUCGAAUCCCGUAAUCCCGAUUGUCAUAUUCGGCAUCCCGCAUCCCGUGCGUACUUUCAAUUCCAAAUCUCUUCCCCAUUUUCCUUUAAAAUUCCAAAUCCCAGCCUUCUAUUGAGGAAAAUCUCCGGCAUCUCGACAAAUUUAUUGGGGACCCUUUAUAUGGUAAUGUGUGAUGAUGAUAUAGAGGAGCUAAGUGGCGGUUUUCGUUGAUUACGAGCUGUUAAUCUUAAACCACUGGUAAGUAUUUUAUUUUCAGUCAAGGAAAGUAAAAACAUAGCCUGCGAAAACAUCGGUUUCUCCUCUCUCCUCGCCGCUAGGGACGGUUUGCGAGGAGGAACGCCAAACGUCCUCAGCGGCGGAGAGCGAGGAGAAACGGAUGUUUUUGCAGGCUAGUAAAAACACCACAACAUAUUCAUACAAGAAGAUUUCGUACAGAGUUAACGAAACCCUCCAAUAAACGCAAUUCAAACCGUUUAUUUCUAGUAAUUGUGAACUUUUGUUGUAUAUUUCAGGAAGGCUUUUAGCGAUUGGAAUCAAUGAAAUGAACGAAAGAAAUUGCCAAACAAUAAUAUAAACUUAAGAUAAAGUUUUUCAACAAGGUGUUGAGAUCUUUCCUGUAACAAGAGUUGUUAGUUCUUGCUCAUAAUCCUGGCUGAUUUUGAUCUUAAGUACUCCAUAUUAACGAUAAAAACUUUCCUAUUAUCAUUCAUUGGUGUAAAAAUGUCGUAAUGCGAUAAUUUUCAAUGAAUGUUAUUAUUACAGGAAACCGGCUAGAAACCGGCGUGAAGGACUUCUGAAACUAUACUGUGCAAUACCCUUUUUAAAUUCCUCGAAAGAUUUUUGAGGUUAUCUGAAGGCAACAUUUGUAGAAAUAUCGUAGCUUAACAGUGAUUCGUAAUCACGUGUUGAUUGGGGCGAAUGAAAGUGUGUUCCAAACUGAUUCUCGUUUCCUAGGGAAAGGGAAAAUACGCCACUUUCCAUUGCGUAAUAUAAGAUGUUUAGCGUAACCCCUUUCCCCCCCCCCCCCCAAAAAAAACACUUAUGGCCACAAAACAUUUUUUUUCCUUUUUUUUGGGGGCACCUCAUAUCCACAGGCGACAACCACAAUAUAUUUAUUAUAAAAUUCUCAAAUAAUCUUCUUACAGCUAUAAUAGAAAAAAGAUGACAAACCAUCUUGGGUAAUUCGGCUUGAUAUAAAAAGCCUGAAAAAGUCCAUCAUGAUGAAACUGCGAUGACUAGGCUUGACAAAAUAACGUGUUGUGGUUCAUUUUUGUUCGCGGGUCAGUUUAUAUUUUCCCUUUUUUGUGUAGGGUCCCCAAUAGGCUUUUUCAAUCCCGUUAUCCUGACUUAAAAUGUCGCACCGAAUCCCGUAACCCCGAUUGUAAUAUUCGGCAUCCCGCAUCCCGUGCGUACUUUCAAUUCCAAAUCUCUCUCCCAUUUUCCUUAAAAAUUCCAAAUCCCGGCCUUCUAAUGAGGAAAAUCUCAGGCAUCUCGAAAAAUUUAUUGGGGACCCUUUAUAUGGUUAUGUGUGAUGACGAUGAUAUAGAGGGGCUAAGUGGCGGUUUUCUUUGAUUACGAGCUGUUAAUCUUAAACCACUGGUAAGUCUUUUAUUUUCAGUCAAGGAAAGUAAAAACAUAGCCUGCGAAAACAUCGGUUUCUGCUCUCUCCUCGCCGCUGGGGACGGUUUGCGAGGAGAAACGCCAAACGUCCUCAGCGGCGGAGAGCGUGGAGAAACGGAUGUUUUUGCAGGCUAGUAAAAACACCACAACACAUUCAUACAAGAAGAUUUCGUACAGGGCGUACAGCGUUAACGAAACCCUCCAAUAAACACAAUUGUAACCGUUUUAGGAAUAUUUCAGGAAGGCUUUUAGCGAUUGGAAUCAAUGAAUUGAACAAAAGAAAUUGCAAAACAGUAAUAUAAACUUGAGAUAAAGUUUUUCAACAAGGUGUUGAGAUCUAUCCUGUAACAAAAGUUGUUAGUUCUUGCUCAUAAUCCUGGCUGAUUUUGAUCUUAAGUACUCCAUAUUAACGAUAAAAACGUUCCUAUUAUCAUUCAUUGGUGUAAAAAUGUCGUAAUACGAUAAUUUUCAAUGAAUGUUAUUAUUUCAGGAAACCGGCGUGAAGGACUUCUGAAAGUGUACUCUGCAAUACCCUUUUUAAAUUCCCCGAAAGAUUUUUGAAGUUAGCUGAAGGCAACAUUUGUAGAAAUAUCGUAGGUUAACAUAUUGAUUUGUAAUCACGUGUUGAUUCGGGCGCAUGAAAGUGUGUUCCUAACUGAUUCUCGUUUCCUAGGGAAAAGGGAAAAUACGCCACUUUCCAUUGCGUAAUAUAAGAUGUUUAGGGUAACCCCUUCCCCCCCCCGCCCCGCCCCCCCAAAAAACAAUUCUGCUGACAUAAGCAUUGUUUUCGCUUUGUCUUGGGAUGACCGUAAUACCCAGGCGAAACUGAAAAUAUUACUUUUGCAAACUUUUGGUGGGUAGUUUAUUAUCCUGAUGGGCAAUGUGGAAGCAGCGGAUAACAGACAACCAUCUCGCCAUUGACAAAUUUUAUAUUCUGAUAAUAUGAUUUUGAAAGCUGUGAUUGAUUAACUGGCGCUCCCAUGUACACGAAUUUUCACCUUCUUGCUUUCAGACGCCUGACCAGCCCUUUGCGUGGGCUUUAAACUGCGAAUUGUGCGGCUUCCGACAACAAAAUUCGAAACAAAUUGGAACAAAAAGCGACCUUAACCACAAAAUCCGUUCGCGACUUUCUCGCGCGGGAACACGCCAUCCGCGCGGAAACGCGUCAUUGCGUGGUUCCCUGCUCUUCACGUUAUUGAGACGCCCGGCUGAGACGUGAUCUGGACUUAUUAACUCACCCUUCCUUUUAGAAAUGAUUGCUUCACCGUGCGCUGCGGACUGAUUGUUUGUGUCUUUUUAACUGGUUUUAUGGGUUUUCUCUCUUCAGUAGCCUGAUGUAAAAAUUCCUAAACUUUCCGGCCCCAGAAUAACAAACGGAAACGAUAACUUUUCUCUCGCAGCUUCAAAGGAAAAGCGCUUUUAUAUUAAUGACAAGCGUUUAAUUCCGGAUGUUGUAUCAUUUAUUCUUACAGCAGGGAGUUUUCCUCACGAAAGAUAACAUUUGAUUACUGACAUUGAGACGUGUUUAAAAUUUUCCUGUAGCAAAAAAAGUCAGAACCUUUCAGAAUGGUUUACCACCCGUUAGAAGAAAUGUUAAACCAAUAGUUGACUCUUAAAGUAAUUUAUAUUAAUCGCAAUUAGUAUGGAUGUUUAACUUGAAAAAUGAAACAGGAAUGUUCUAGAGCUUCAGUUUUUCCUCUUUUCUACCUGGCUUUUAAUCAACACCUCUAAAGAUAAAUGGGUGGACAUCAUUGUUGUUAGUAAUGCUAAAAGAUUUGAAGCUGCAGUUGUGUUGCACUUUUUGGGAAAAGUACAUAGAUAAAAUCAUUUGAUUGUGUCACGAAAAUCAUUUCUUGUUUUAAAUUGUGAUGAAAUGAAAUAACGAGUUUUUAACCUAUUUUACUUUGCCACUCCUUUGAAUGUUUUUCAGUAAACCGAACUUGUGUGAAAUUUUCAGAUUGUAAAAAUUAUUGAGUAGUUUUAAUGAGUAAGCUAAUCUGCCUUAUGGUUGAGAUGCGCACUUUUGUAGGUGAGAAUAAGAUUAGCAUUUUUAAUCUGGGUCCGUGAAUAUGUCGGAAAGGAAAUCACAGGGUGCCAAACACACCAAGAAACUUUCUUUUUUAAGACGGACAUUUUCCCUAGAAAGGACGCCUUGAGUUGUUCCAUGUUAGCCUGCGAGUGAUUUCUCCAUUUCCAAGCGAUUCGCGGGAAAACGCGCCAGUGAGCGGCAAAGCUCACGAUAUCCCCAUAUCAAGAAUUUGUUUGCAGGCUAGGUCCUUGUCUUCAGUCUAUCUCUUUCAUUCGCCAUAAGAAGAACUCUUUCUGCCGGUUUUAACGGAUUCCGUCUUGAUUCGUUUUUAGAGAUAUCUUGUAAAAAAAAACAGCUGGCUGAACACUCAGUUAAAUAAAUCAAAGAAGAAAAUAAAGUUGUGAGUAAUGCAAGUGCUUAAUUGUGGCUCAUCUAUAAUUUGGCAAGGAAGUUCUAAAGCUGUAACUUUGAUUUAAAGGGAGUCCAUUCAAAACUUGUGAGGCAUUGUAUCAUUGUAUGGCUAUGAUGCCUGUCCUUCCUUUAGUUUUAUUCGGCGUUUUACAAAAUGAGAUUUUGAAUCUGUAUUUGUCAUUUAUCAUAUCGCUAUGUCAUGUUAGGGUACGCCUAUUUAUAUUGGUUCCUCUUGCGUAUCGAUCUCUUUUUCUUUUUUAUUAAAUUGUUUGUUUUUAUAGGAAUCUCAUCAGGGCUUCACAAUUGUUGUGGGUUUUUGUCGUACUUUAUUAACAUUUGCGCCCACGUCUGUUAGUUCAGUGUUCAAUUUUUUUUUGUUGAGUCAGUUUUAAAAGUAUCGGUGUAUCCGAGGAAGGCAUUUCCUCUUAUUUUCUCAUAAAAUACGAGAUGUACGUUUUCACUCUGCCAUUUACUAAUUCUGGAAGUAAGCUACAGUUUUUAGUUCCCUAUGGCUGUUGUGGUUUCUUUGAUAUAAAGAGAUUCAAUGUUUGGAAAUUUAAUUAAGAAGGAAUGAGCUGUAAAACAAUUACACAAAACAGCUUUUUAGCCGCCUGCUGAGAACGAAUGAAUUGCUGUGUCAUGGUGGGUAGGUCUUGCAUGUCCAGCCUAAAUGUGUCUAGUUCAUCUAUGUUCAGUUGAGGUGUGUUAUAAUAUAAUUGGCAUUUUUCAACCCUGUUACGCUCAAUAAAACUAUCUUUGACGUAAGAAAAUUAAGUCCAAUAGGAUCGUGUGCGUGUGAAGAACCGUCUAUUAGAACAGUAGCUCAAUAGCUUUCAUUUAAUUUAUAGUUCUUUUCAUGAUUAAAUUUAGAUUCGCAACAAUGAAACCACUUUACUCAGUGAUUAAGCUUUAACUGCGAAAGAAGAAGAAAACUAGAAAGGAUUUGUGUGUUCUAUUCAUUGCACGAUAAUUAGUUUGUUUAUCUUUCCUUGCGAAGAGACCUUUCCCUUUCUGUCCACCAGAAAAACGUUUGAACCAUACAAUGCUUGGUUCAGUUCAGUUAUUGCAUUUCGUUUUCUUUUUACGCUCUGGUUUAUCACGCAGAGAUGCGCCUGAGGCUGUUGACGACAGUCAGCUCCACUAAACAAAUAUUGAAAUAAAAUACUUUGUACUAUAUUGUCGCAAUCACAGGGUAUCUUGAGACGUUAAACUGUGUUAAACAAAAUGGUUUCAUUGACAAGAUAUAGCUGGGGAAAAACCAAUAUAGGGUUGGGAGCCUGAGAUCUGUAAAAGGCCAAAAAGACGCCGCUGAACUGCAGGAAAUAGAGAGAUUAAGAUUUACGUUUACACCAAACGGCAGACGUGAAUUUUUACCACGUGACCAAGUUUCCCCCUUAUUUUCCUUUUACUCUUUAUUGCUUCCAUGCAAAAAUAAUUAUGCCAGUUUUAACCAUAGGAAUCGUUCGGGACUGUUUUUAUCUGCUUAUUUUCUUUUCUGAGAAAUUCUCAACUUGAGUCUGACGUUUGCCGUUUGCGGUAAAAGUGAAUCUUAAGAGAGAUUAAGAUUCACGUUUACGCUAAACGGCAAACGUGAAUUUGUACCACGUGACCAAGUUUUUCCCUGAGUUGUCGUUAACUGUUUAUUACUUCAACUAAAAAAUAAGCAGUUUCACGCCAGUUUUAUACAUAAGAAUUGUUCUGGGGAGUUUUUAUCUGCUUAUUUUCUAUUCUGAGAAAUUCUCAAUUUGAAUCUGACGUUUGCCGUUUGGCGUAAACUUGAAUCUUAAUCCCUCUAUUAUCUCUCUACUAACAUAUUUUUUAGGUCGUCAACACAAAUGAAAAAAAUUGAAAGAAAUUUACUUUCAAAAGUGCUAUUAAUCCUUUUCUGUCAGCGAAGAUUUAGCAAAUAACAGCCGCAUGUUAGUAGUAGAUGAUGUGGGGUUGGGACGGGAGUAGGAAGGAGGUGCAAACUUCUCAUGUCCUCCAGUCGAUUCGCGCCAAAUUUGGGAUCAGUGGGAUUCCUGUGGCAACGGGGAAAACGUACUACCAAGUUUUUGUCUUAAAAAAAGACUCCGUAAAAACCAGUAAAUUUGGAGAAUUAAAAACACGUUAGAAGUCGACGCUGAAGGGUUGCAAGUACGUUGUUGUGUUUAUUUGUUCUUGUAGAUGUGCUUACAUUUUAUUUCUUUUCAUUUUCCAGGUUAUUAUAAGCAAAAUGGAUAAGACUUGUAAGUGCCAUGGCGUAUCUGGCUCUUGCACUGUCAAAGUUUGCUGGAGAACUAUGCCCAAGAUGAAAGCAAUUGCCACCGAACUUCGACGGAAAUACGAACACGCCAUAAAAGUCAAGCUUAACAGGAACAAAACCAAGCUCACGAGGCUCUCUCGCGGGCGAAGAGGGCGAAAGUCGAAUAAACGAAACUCGAACCGACGACCUUCAUCGUCAAGUCUUGUAUACGCCGAGGACUCUCCGGACUUUUGCAAACCGGACUCUAGAUAUGGAAUUCUUGGAACGCACGGGCGGAGCUGCAACAAAACAUCGACUGGUACUGCAGGUUGUAGUCAAAUGUGUUGUGGUCGGGGAUACAACACUGUCAAUAGAUUGGAUGACGUCAAAUGUAACUGUCAGUUUAUUUGGUGCUGUCAUGUAAAAUGUGAUUGGUGCAAAAAGGAAUGGGUCCAGCAUACUUGCAAAGGAGACUGAAAGACACCAUCGUAGAAUUAAUCCAGAAUAAAUUAUCACACCACGUUCUACUUCAAGGUGACAAUCACGCAGAUUUGAAAGUAUUUAAUUUCUAGGGUUGAUUUUGUACUUCGUUGGCUGUGUUGGACACGCCACUAGAUGGGACAAUUGGUGAUGUUUACAAGCAGUAACUUAUGAUGUACUGUCGCUUAUGUUGAGACCCGAGAAUCCUGUUUUACUGUUCAUUCCUUUGAGGCAUCAGAUCUGGUGUAAUUGGGUACUAGAAAAUUGAGUGCUUUUCUCUAGUUGUAGAAACAGUAGUCUGAUUGGCCUUCCUCCCCUCCCCUUCAAGUAUUAACGCCCCUCUUACACCCCUUCCACCCGAACUUUCUUUUACUUAAGUUAAAUUCCAAGGGGGGGAAGGAUGGAGUGACGAGAAAACGAUGUACGUUAGAUUAUAGAGACAGUGACUCCACAGCCGUGAAGUGGUUAGCUUAGCUGAACAAUGUAUAUAUUUAUUGCAACAGUUGAAAACAAGGAAAACAACAGUAAGUGAAUGGUGCACUUUCCCAGCAAUGACACUAAAACCAUAUUUAUGGAAUUUUCGUACCUUGCUUGUGGACCGUUUAUUCUCUUUAUCAGAAUAUGUUGACUUUUUCCUUUCCUAUCCCUUAAGCUUAGGCUUAAGAAGAAAUUAUUCGAAUAUCAAGAGUCUUGCAAGUUCAUUUUCUUAAUUCUUAUAACCUUUUGAAUUAUCAAAGAAGUGAUAUUACAAGAAGAAAUUAGACGCUUAUGAGGACUUAGAUGUAAGCUACAGACAGGCGCCAGUUCGUAAAGAACAGAAACGCUCAAUUGAAUUCGUCCAAGAGACAGGGAAAUUUCUUUACUUAAAUGCCUGGCUAAACUGCAAAAUGUUGUUGCAGAAAUAGUGUUUCUUCUAAUCUGACUAAACUCUAAAAAAAAAAAAAAACUUGCGUCCAGGAAGCAAAAUUUGUAUCUUCAGCAUUUGUUUCUCGCUCUACUAAAUUUAGAAACUUUGGAGCAGCGUCUCCUAGUUUUGCCAGGCCUUAAGGCUCGUUGAUUAUUUGUUUCUGUUCCAUGACAAGAAAUCUCUGGCUUGGCCUCUCACUUUGAGCGUCACUAGAGUUUAAGCUUCAUGUAUACGGCAAACUGACGUCAGAUUCAAGUUGAGAAUUUCUCAAAAUAGAAAAUGAGCAGAUAAAAACAGCUCAAAGCAAUUCUUAUAAAAAAUUGCGUGAAACUACUAAUUUAGGGGUAGAAAUAAUGAGCAGUAAACGACAAGUAAAGAGGAAACUUGGUCACGAGGUGCAAAUUCGCGUUUGCCGUAUGACGUAAACGUGAUGCUUAACCUCUCUAUUGAAAGGGCCUUGACUCGGGUGUCUGGGUGUGUAUAAAAUUUCGCGCUUUGUGGUAGUUCUCCAUUUGAGACAUGAUAAGGAAAGUGGACCGAGUUAACUUUCGCAAAGAUGUCUGGGAUUGUUAUUAGGGACAAGUAAAAAAAAUUAGCCAAUAGCUGACCGGUGCGUCCCAGUGCCGAUCCCAGAAACCACUGCGAGACGCAUUUCGGCUUCAAUUCCCUUCUCGUUGCUUAUGUGGCGAGUUGCAACUAGAACAAAGCAAAUAACUGUUUAUUAUAUAUUUUUAUGCAUACAGAAUCUUCCUUAUUUAUAAAGAAUUGACACCUUAGUUAGAGGAGCAGUGUUUGAACACUUUGUAUUG